AUGGAUGAUUGCAAGGCAGUCGCAAGUCCAGUCGACAUGAGCUCUCGACUUGUUUCAAGUGAUGCAACUACCAAGGUCGAUGCUCCUUUUCGCGAAGCUGUUGGUGCGUUGAUGCACCUGACCACUGCAACGCGUCCGGACAUUGCGUUUGCUGUGGGCUAUGUGUCGCGGUUCAUGGAAAAUCCCCAAGAAGAACACUGGGUUGCAGUUAAGCGUAUCUUUCGCUACCUACAAGGCACCAAGACGCAUGGAAUUUGCUACAAGCCAAGUGCAAGGAUCGACUUCCGUGGAUAUUCGGAUGCGGAUUGGGCUGGUGAUCUUACCGACCGCAAGUCAACAUCGGGGUACACGUUCAUGCUACUCGGUGCGCCAGUCAGUUGGGGCAGCAAGAAGCAGCCAAGUGUUUCGUUGUCCACGAGUGAAGCCGAAUACAUCGCACUCAGCUUGGCGAUUCAAGAGGGCAAGUGGAUUCAUCGUCUGCUUUGUGAGAUCGUGAUGGCUGCCAAUGAAGAAGGACCGGAACUCAUGAUCCAUGAAGACAAUCAGUCGUGUAUCAAGAUGACGAAGAACCCAGUCAACCACGGCCGUGCCAAGCACAUUGAUAUCAAGUACCAUCACAUCCGUGAUGAGGUCAAGCGCGGUGAAGUGAAGCUCAAGUACUGUGAAACUGCGGUGAUGUUAGCGGACAUCAUGACGAAGGGACUUCACGGGCCACGCCACAAGGAGAUGACGGCGACUCUCGGGAUUCGUGAGCAUUCGGAUUGA